AUGCAUUUCUUCAUUUCUGUCUUACUGAUCUUCCUGCAAUCUUCUGAUUCCAGAGCUGGGGAAAUCAUUGGGGGUCGAGAGGCAAAGCCCCAUUCCCGCCCAUACAUGGCAUAUCUGACGUACUUCGAUAAAAAUGGAAAAAAUAUGAGAUGUGGUGGUUUUCUAGUUGAAAAGAAAUUUUUGCUGACAGCAGCUCACUGCUGGGGAAGUUCAAUGAACAUCAUUCUGGGAGCACACAAUAUAAAAAAGCCAGAAAAAACCCAGCAGAGGAUUCCUGUGCUCAGAACCAUCCCCCACAAAGAAUAUAACAAGAAGACCUUCAACAAUGAUAUUAUGUUACUUCAGCUGAAGAAGAUGGCCAGGCUGAAUCAUGCUGUGGGGCUCUUGGCCUUGCCCCAGAAAGCAGUCAAGGUGAAACCAAGGACGAGGUGUAUUGUGGCAGGCUGGGGGAAAACCCUCAAGACGCAGGCCUCAGACACAUUGCAAGAAGUGGAAUUAAAAGUGAGAAGCGAGUAUGAAUGCAUGGAAAAAUACCCCCAACACUACAAUCAUAGCACCCAGAUGUGUGUUGGAGAUCCUAAUGUCCAAAAGGCUUCCUUUCAGGGGGAUUCCGGAGGUCCUCUUGUGUGUGAUGGAGUAGCCCAGGGCAUUGUCUCAUAUGGAUUUAAAAAUGGGUCAUCCCCUCGGGUAUUUACCCGGAUCUCCAGCUUCUUACCAUGGAUCAAGCAAACAAUGAAGACUCUUGAAGACAAAAGAUAA